UUUCAGUCUCACCCCUUCUUCCUCUCCCGCCUCAAAGGCAUUUAUAUAUUUAUAUAUUUAAAUAUUUCUCCCACGGUCGUCUCGCUGCUAGGCAGACUUGUGUCUCUAUUUAUUUUAAAUAAAAAAAUUAAAUAAAAAAUUGCGCAAAUUUACGCGCAAACUAACCGCAGUUUUGUUUCUUCUUCUCCUUUUUUCUUUUCUUUUUCCCGGAGCCGAUAAAAGUGAAAAGAAGAGAGUGAGCAGAAGAGAGACAUGGCGGCGACGACCUGCACGCGCUUCACCGACGAGUUCCAGCUGUAUGAGGAGCUGGGGAAGGGAGCCUUCUCAGUGGUGCGCAGGUGUGUGAAGCUGUGCACAGGACAGGAGAACGCCGCCAAAAUAAUCAACACCAAAAAGUUAUCGGCCAGAGAUCACCAGAAGCUGGAGAGAGAGGCUCGUAUCUGCCGCCUGUUGAAACACUCCAACAUCGUUCGUCUUCAUGACAGUAUUUCAGAGGAGGGCUUCCACUACCUCCUGUUUGACUUGGUGACCGGGGGUGAACUGUUCGAGGACAUCGUAGCCAGAGAGUAUUACAGCGAGGCCGACGCCAGUCAUUGCAUCCAGCAGAUCGUGGAGGCGGUGCUUCACUGCCAUCAGAUGGGCGUGGUGCACCGGGACCUGAAGCCGGAGAACCUGCUGCUGGCGAGCAAGUGCAAGAACGCGGCGGUGAAGCUGGCCGACUUCGGGCUGGCCAUCGAGGUGCAGGGGGACCAGCAGGCCUGGUUCGGUUUCGCCGGCACACCGGGGUACCUGUCCCCUGAGGUGUUGAGGAAGGAGGCUUACGGCAAACCCGUGGACAUCUGGGCCUGUGGGGUGAUCCUCUACAUCCUGCUUGUGGGUUACCCUCCUUUCUGGGACGAGGACCAGCACAAGCUGUACCAGCAGAUCAAGGCCGGGGCGUACGACUUCCCGUCCCCCGAGUGGGACACCGUCACCCCGGAGGCCAAAAACCUGAUCAACCAGAUGCUGACCAUCAACCCAGCCAAGAGGAUCACGGCCCAGGAAGCCCUGAAGCACCCGUGGGUCUGCCAACGGUCCACAGUGGCGUCCAUGAUGCACAGGCAGGAGACCGUGGAGUGCCUGAAGAAGUUCAACGCCAGGAGGAAACUCAAGGGGGCCAUUCUUACCACCAUGCUGGUUUCUCGAAAUUUCUCUGUGGGCAGCAGACAGACGGCCACUCCGGCUGCUGCCACGGCUGCGGCUGCCGGGCUGGUGGAACAAGCAGCGAAGUCAUUGCUCAACAAAAAGACCGAUGUCAAGAAACGCAAGUCCAGCUCCACCGUCCAGUCCAUGCCUCAGACAAACUGCACCAAAAACAGCACAGUCACCAGCCCCAAGGGACACACCCACUCACCUGCUCUGGAACCUCAGACAACCGUCAUCCAUAAUCCAGUGGACAGGACGAAGGAGUCCUCAGACAGCAGCAACACCACCGUGGAGGACGAGGACGUGAAAGGAAAGAGCUUAGACAGCAGCUUGCUUAAGGCGCAGUCCGGCACAAACUCCCAACCCGACAGCGCCCAGGGCUCCUCACCGGCGGUGUUCUCCGCCAUUAAGUUCGCUGACCUGCUGGGCUCCGUGCGUCGGGGCUCGGGGCCCACGUCCGACGGGGAAGGGAGGUCCAGCACCCCGCCCGCCCCCUCCCCUCCUCACACACCUGUUGUCCCCAUGCAGAUGUCCCGGCUCACCGACCUGGUGAGUAGCAUCCGCAGGGUGCCGGUGCCGGCGGGCCCCGCACCCGAGGGUGACACCGCACCGCCGCCACCGGUACCGAGCGCCAGGCCCGCCCCUCCACCUGCACACACCACAUCCCCACCUCCCCCUCACUCCCGCUCCAGCCCUUCCCCGUCCUCCUCCCAGAUGCGCAAACAGGAAAUUAUCAAGAUCACCGAGCAGCUGAUAGAGGCGAUCAACAACGGAGAUUUUGAGGCUUACGCGAAGAUCUGCGACCCCGGACUGACCUCCUUUGAGCCGGAGGCGCUCGGCAACCUGGUGGAGGGGAUGGACUUCCACCGGUUCUACUUCGAGAACUUUUUGGCCAAGAACAUCAAGCCCAUCCACACUACCAUCCUCAACCCCCACGUCCACCUGAUCGGCGAGGACGCCGCCUGCGUCGCCUACAUUCGCCUGACUCAGUUUGUGGACGUCGAGGGUCGGCCGCGGUCCAGCCAAUCGGAGGAGACGCGCGUCUGGCAUCGCAGAGACGGCAAGUGGCAGAACAUCCACUUCCACUGCUCGGGCGCACCGGCCACGCCGCUCCAGUGAGGGUCGAAUGCUGUAACUGACUGUCAGGAGUGCUCUGCUGAGGAGGAGGAGGAGGAGGAGGAGGAGGGGUUCAAAGAACAUGUCCAGGGUUGUUUGGGAAACAGGCUCUUCAACAACAGACACUGGAUGAUCGGCUCAACUGCCAGAAUGCACCUCUUCCUUUACUACCACUGUCUGUCACCUGCCCCACCACAUCUUCUGACGGCCAUCAAACCACCGGCCCGGCGUCCUUCCUCUUCUUCACCCUGUGAGGGGUUUGGGGUUGUUUUUGGCAAUCGGGUGUGAUUCUUUCUUUCUUCCUUCCUUCCUUCCUUACUUCCUCCCUUCCCUCCCCACAGCUUUUGUGACACCAACCCUCUUGUCCUCCUGUGAAUCAACACUUGUGUGACAUAAACACUGCACUGGAAAUACAGUAUGUAAAGUUUUAAGUCAAAUAUAUUAUCAUUACUCUAUUAUUAUUACUAUUAUUAUUAUUAUUACUAUCAUUACUCUAUUAUUAUUACUAUUAUUAUUGUUACACAUUUGCAAUUGUAUAUGUAAUUUGUAUCAUUCUAAAUUCCUGAUGCCAGUGGUUUCUAGAGUUGAAUGAACUUUUGUUCUUUACAUAUCUUUUUAAGGAAGCAUGUUUUUCCCCCGGUAGCGGCUGUGUUUUAGUUUGGUUGUCGUGGUUACUAGGUGGAUAUGAUAUUGGCAGUUGUUUUGGUAAUGUGCUGCUUGUAUGUGAGAUAUGACAUUGCGCCCCAACUCAUGGCCGACGGGUUUUUGCUUCGUUUGGGGUUUUGUUUUUUCUUCUAUUCUAUUUUGUUGGUGUUUGUGUCUGACGGUGUAAUGUGUGAAUGUAGAGAGUAAGGUGUGUGUGUGUGUUUGUGUCAGGUUUUUUUUUGCCCCUUAAACAGGUUUCCUUCCUAGUUUCCAUAAUUCUCAUCACAAUGAAACUAUUUAAAUAUAUAUUUAUUUAUAUAUGCAUAUUUAUGAAUAUUUGUAUUAAUAUAUUUAAAUAUAUUUAUAUAUAUACAUAUUUAUACUUGUAUAUAUUUAUAUUUAUUUAUAUAUUUAUAUUUACAAAAAUGUUUCCUUCCUAGUUUCCAUAAUUCUCAUCACAAUGAAACAAUUUUAAUAUAUAUUAAUAUAUUUAUUUAUAAAUGCAUAUUUAUAAAUAUAUUUAUUUAUAUAUAUACAUAUUUAAAUAUAUUUUUAUAUAUACAUAUUUAUACUUGUGUAUAUAUUUAUAUAUACAUAUUUAUAUAUAUAUAAAUAUAUUUAAUGUUUAUUGUUGAUAUUUAACAUUAUACCAAAAUAAGUUAUUCAUAAGAAAUUAUUUAUAAAUUAUGGUAACCAGAAACACAACCAUUUCAAGACAUCAUGCCUGUGCUUCAUUUAAAGGAAUCAUUUAAUACCUUAUUUUAUUUCCGACGGAGUAUAAUUGUGCACACAGAAGACAUUAAGACAUUUCUUUAAGGGGCUAUACGUCUAUUUCUUAUAUGAAGUUUAAUGAUGAGAAUAUAAUAUGUUGUUAGUGAGAGGUAUAUGUGACGUGACAUCGGAGGGUCACAGCGUUUGUUCUGGUCGUUUUUUUUUUUUCUGCAGCUUGUGGCGUUUUUUAUUUUCGUUUUUUUUUUUUUUAAAGGUGCUCGGGGAUGGAGGACGCGCUGUUGGUGGCUGCUGUUGUUGCUAGGCAACGGCUGAGAACCCCGCUUUAAGCCCGGCCGCACGCUUGUAUUUGUUUUUUUACAUUCAAAAUAGAAAAAACAAAUGAAGUCAGUGAGAGAAUCCCUGAGGACACACACACGUGUGUGUGUGUGUGUGUGUGUGGAGUGAAUCUGUUGCUCUCAGUGUGUCUCUACACGUCUGUAUGGAAGGGGGAGGCUUUCUUUCGGAGGACACGUCCGUCCCCUGCCUUCGGCCCAGGGCUUUUUAGAGUGUUAUAAUGAUUUAAUCUGUUUUAUUCUUCAUGUAUUAUCAGCUCUUUGUGAUAGUAAGUGUCCUCGUGGGGCAGCGAGACGAAUCCGAUGGUCUUUGCGUCACUGAAAGCCUGUUUUCAUUUGACUCCUCUGUACUUUGCUCGUCCACCAUUGGCUGCCUUCACAUUUGUCCCGCCCCUAUUAGUCAGAUCAAGAUAUUAAAGAGACCGGCAGGCACAGUCGGUUUGAUGAAUAGUC